AUGUUAAUCGCAUUUUCCGUAUGCCUUUUAGCAGCCAUUAUUUUUUGCAACUUUGCAUUAAUUUUUUGUAGAAGAAUACCGUGUGAAUUCGAGGCUAAUCGAAAUAUUAUUCGGCAUAGGAAUAACUUUUCAAUUCGUAUUUCCGACCGAAAUUCAAUAGUUCCGCAAAUAAUUAGCACUGAAGAGCUUUCAAAAAUUGCUCCUGUAAAAAAGUAUGGCUCCUUUUCAAAUAAAAAUAAAAGAGAAUAUAAUAUUUAUAGCAGGAACAAUUCCCUCUCUGGAUUUAUAUCGUCUGGUUCUACACAAAAAUCAAAAAACAAUUAUUCAUGUGUUAUAUGUUUAAAUAAUAUUCACGAUGAAGACCUUGUAAGAAAACUUCCUUGUAAGCAUGUUUAUCAUUUUAAAUGCAUAGAUGAGUGGGUAAAGAUAAAGUCGAAUUGCCCACUAUGUAAUAUAAAUCUUAUUUCAAUAUAUAAUCAAAACAUUCGGGAAAGAGAAAUAGUGCAAUCAAUCAAUAGAAUUCAAAGCUAUGAAGAAGUUGAAUUCUCUGAAAUACAUAACUCAAGAAAUUUAAUUCCUGAAAAGCUAAUUGUUCCAAAAUUCACUGUCUUUAUCAACAAAAAUUAA